GCCGUACGCGCCACGAUCCGUCCCUGGAGAUCAAUUUAUGGAGCCGACGAAGGGAGAUACCGAAGUGAAGACUGAUGUUCCGGUCAAGGAUCCAUCGUUGAGCGUCGUCGAGGAUGCGAGCACCGAGAUAUCUUUGUCCGAUGAGGUUUUAUCGAAGGGGAGCGAUACAACGCCGGUGAAAGCUCCGAGUCGAACAUCGUCUGGAUCGAAGAAAUCUGUACACUGGAGCCCUGAAUUGGUGUCUGGGUCUCAGGAACCGGAUCAGAAAGCUGCAUCAUCGUCUUCUUCGGCUGGAUCUAAUCCGUAUAUUGCUCGUUCUCCGGCUGAGACGUCGUCAGAUGCGUCGUUGAAAGAUACGAUGGAGUCUGUGAAAGGAGUGCUUGGUAGAUGGGGAAAGAAGGUUGCAGAAGCAGCAAAGAAGACGGAGAGUCUUGCCGGGAACACAUGGCAACACCUGAGAACUGCUCCGAGUUUUGCGGAUGCUGCUAUGGGAAGAAUUGCACAGAGUACAAAGGUCUUUGCAGAAGGAGGAUAUGAGAAGAUAUUCCGACAAACCUUUGAGACAGUUCCUGAAGAACAAUUGCUAAAUUCUUUUGCAUGUUACUUGUCAACAUCAGCUGGCCCAGUUAUGGGAGUUCUAUAUAUCAACUGCCAAACUUGCUUACUGUAGUGACAAUCCUCUCUCCUAUAAAAAUGGUGAUCAAACCGAAUGGAGCUAUUACAAGGUAGUAAUCCCAUUACAUCAACUUAAAGCAGUGAACCCAUCAACAAGCAUAGUCAAUCCUGCAGAGAAGUACAUACAGGUGAUUUCGGUAGACAAUCAUGAGUUCUGGUUCAUGGGUUUCUUAAACUACGAAGGCGCCGUCACAUCUCUGCAAGAUUCUUUGCAAGCUGGUGCUUUACGGUCGGUGUGAUACAUACUGGAUGAAUGAUGACCAUAAAAGCCUGCUGGUCUGCAACUUUUAUUGCUUAGUCAUAUCAGAAGACUCAGAUUUACAUUAUUCUGCGUGAAAUAUAAUCUCCAAAUCUUA